UAAAGACAUCCGAGAUGGAAUUCAGGGCAUCAGUUCUCUUGGAGGCACAGCUCGAGUAGCACACCUUUUACAAACGGUCCGGCAUCAGCUAUCCAGAUAUAAUCAUGAAGGUUCUGUUUGUCCUGUUUGCCCUGGUGGCGGCGGCUUCGGCCAGCGAUCUGGGCCAGUACGGAGACGAGCAGGAGCACCAGGACGUCGAACACACACCCUACGAGUUCAGCUACGCCGUCAAGGACGACGACACCGUGUUCUCUCAGAGCGAGCAGGGCGACGAGGAGGGUGACGUGGAGGGCGAGUACGCCGUCAACCUGCCCGACGGCCGUGUGCAGACGGUCCGCUACUCGGCCGGCGACGAGACCGGCUACACGGCCGAGGUCAGCUACGAGGGCGAGGCCCAGUACCCCGAGCAGGACUCCUACGAGCAGGAGGAGGAGCAGGAGCAGGAGCAGGAGGAGGAGCAGGAGCAGGAGGAGGAGGGAGAGGAAGAGGAGCUGAUUCCUAUCUAUGCCUACCGGCCCGUGUACAACUAGUCACAAUACUUGUGUGUCGUAAAGUGCUUGUUAACUCUGUUUUACAUAUUGAUCAAAAUAUAGUCUUGAAUGUC